AUGAUGAACCUGAUUCUGGAACUGAUGACAUUCUGUAACACCCUUACUCUUCAACACCAGACGUUUGCACGUAAUUUGACAAAACGUCAAACCAUUAAGAUGGUUCGAAAAAACACUUCUGGUCAUAAAUUUAAAAAGUCAACUGGUUCAAAAGUUUUAAGAAAAUGGGCUGUCGGAGGAAGUGGUGCUUCAACAAAUCCUUCACGUGCUUUACCAGGAUCAAAAAAAGCUGGUUUUUAUCGCGAUACGGCAAAAAUCAAGCUUCUAAACAUGUAUAAUGAGAAACCUGAUUUGAAAAAAAUGCAUCUUCAAGCUAAAGAACCUUCGCGAAUUCAACCCGAUCGGCGCUGGUUUGGUAACACUCGUGUUAUUACUCAGGAUAGAUUACAAGAAUUUAGAGAAACUAUGGAGAAGGCAAGGAAAAAUCCGUAUCAUGUUGUUUUAAAGAAAACAAAGCUGCCCGUUGCUUUGUUUGAACCCGAACCUCAAACGCCCAAGCAAGCUCGUGUUGAUUUGUUAUCAGUAGAGCCCUUUGAAAAAACAUUUGGAAAAAGUUUCAAGAGAAAGCGUCCAAAACUGUUAUUUUCAUCCUUAGCUAAUUUAGCUAAUCAAGUUGACGAGAAACAGUCCAAUUAUGCUCCGGAGGAAGAUUGUUCAAUUUUGCGUGAAGAGCCUGAAUGUAAACUCGCUGCGAGAGAAGAAAUAUUUAAAAAGGGAACGUCGAGACGGAUAUGGCAGGAGCUUUACAAAGUUAUUGACUCAUCAGAUAUACUUGUUUACGUAUUAGAUGCACGCGACCCUAUGGGGACAAGAUGUUUAUAUUUGGAAGAAAAAAUUCGAAAAGAAAAACCAAAUAAACACAUUAUCCUGCUCUUGAAUAAAUGUGACCUUAUACCUGCAUGGUGUACCAAUCUUUGGGUGAAAACUCUUGCUUCUCAGUUCCCUACCGUAGCGUUUCACAGCUCUUUAACAAAAUCUUACGGAAAACUAACUUUAAUCAACUUAUUGAGACAAUAUGCUAGUCUUUUGAAAGAUCGUAAGCACGUAUCCGUUGGAAUUAUUGGUUAUCCCAAUGUAGGAAAAUCCUCUGUAAUUAACACUCUAAAAAGCCAACGCGUUUGUCGCGCCGCACCGAUUCCUGGUGAAACAAAAAUUUGGCAGUAUGUUGCAUUAACACAUAGGAUCUAUUUAAUUGACUGCCCGGGAGUUGUCAUAUCUGACACCCAUUCAACUGAUACUGAUGCUGCAAGAGUAUUAAAGGGAGUUAUUCGGGCUGAGCGUUUGUCAGCACCAGAAGACUGUAUUGAUGAAGUUUUACAGCGUGUUAAAUUAGACGAUUUAAAAAAACGUUAUUCGUUAGAGUCAGAAACGACCUGGAACACUACAGAAGAGUUUCUUUCAAUUUUAGCGCGGCGACUAGGAAAGCUAUCAAAGGGCGGUGAACCUAAUAUACAAAUCACAGCUAGGACUGUGUUAUACGAUUGGCAGAGAGGUAAAAUUCCUUACUUUGUUCCACCACCAAACGCUCGUUGUGACACGAUGCUAAACAAAGUUAAAGAAGAUCAUGUGGAAGAUGCUUUACCCAAUGAAAAUGACACUAAUGUAACCGUUGAGGAUGAAGAAAAGGAACAUGAAGAAGAAGAGUAGAAAAAGCUAAAUCAAUAAGCAUGUUGUAUUAACUAGAAUCAAA